GUUAAUUCGGGCUUGGAUCAGUUCAUAGGUUGCUUUCGGGUCGGGGUUUAAGCGAACGAGAUCGGCAGAAGAAGGUUUGGUGGACGUGGUGACUCCCAUCUGCGACUUGGGACUCACUUGAUUGCUGCAUCUUCACCUUCAUCUUCAUCAUCGUCAUCAUCAACAAUGUCACUUCUUAAUCAGCUCUUUAACAGAGGUGUUUUCGCCACUCGCUGUAAAACAUGUCUUAACCUGUCGAUCUCGCGCAUUAAGCUGCUGCAAAACAAGAGAGAUGCGCAACUGAAGCAAAUGCGCAAGGAGAUUUCCCAAUUCUUGCAGGCUGGCCAAGAGGCAAUUGCUAGAAUUCGGGUGGAGCAUAUCAUUCGAGAACAAAAUAUAUGGGAGGCAUAUGAAAUUUUAGAGUUAUUCUGUGAAUUUGUUCUUGCUCGUGUACCUAUAAUUGAGAGCCAGAAGGAGUGCCCGCCAGAAUUGCGAGAAGCCAUUGCUAGUUUAAUUUUUGCUGCCCCUAGAUGUUCAGAUGUGCCAGACUUAUUGCACAUCAAGAACUUAUUCACCUCUAAAUAUGGAAAGGAGUUUGUAUCUGCAGUAUCCGAACUUCGUCCUGAUUCUGGCGUGAACCGCAUGAUAAUUGAGAAGCUCUCUGUUAGUGCUCCACCUGGAGAAGUAAAGCUCAAGGUCUUGAGGGAUAUUGCUAAAGAAUAUAACAUAACAUGGGAUUCUUCUAAAACUGAGGCAGAAUUUAGGAAAAAUCAUGAAGAUCUCCUGGGUGGAGCAAAACAUGUUGAUAUUGGAUCUGCCGUUUCUCAUACUCCUAGGAAAAAAGGAACUAGUAAUUCAUCAUCUUCUAGUACAGAAUAUUCCAUCAAGUCCAUGCGUAACAAGCAAGAACAAAAACACCUUGAAACUCCUAGGCCUUCAACCAAUGAUUAUUGGAUGAAUACGAAUGAAAUUGAACAGUCCCUCAACUAUGCUAAGGUUCCCACUACUGAUGCCAAAAGAGAGACAAGGCCGCAGUCCUCUGAUGUAUUGGAGAAGGCUCAAGCGGCCAUUGCUUAUGCAGAGCGUGCAUCCGCUGCUGCUCGUGCUGCAGCUGCACUAGUUAACAAUGAUUUUGGCUCACUAAAGCUGGAUGGUAAAUCUUCAUAGUUCGAAACGAAUGAACAUUGUCAGAGAUCUUAAAGCCAGAACAACUUUAUAUUGAAAUGCCAACGAGGAGAGAUGUUCCUCCUUGUGGUUAUAAGGUUAGUUAUUCUAUAUUGUACAUCUAGGAUUUGUAAAUGUAUACAUUGUAAUAGAAUGGAAUACACAGCUUGCUUGAAUCCAUCCUGAUUCUUUGCUACUGCAAAUGUGCAUAAGAUGAUUUUAUUGAUACCAUGUAAUUUUGAACAGCAGUUUUAUGUUGGCAAUAAGUGUGCGCAUUUAUGAGCUGUAGCAU